AUGACGACAUCUCCGACUGUCGAAUUCGGCCAUCUGGUUGCGUUGGAGAAGCUGUGCCUGAAGUGCCUUCCACAUCUCACUCACCUCCACAAAUCCCUUGGGCAGCUGAUAGUUCUACGGGAGCUGAAAACAGUGGAGUGUAGGCAGCUGCAGCAGCUCCCGGACUCCGUAUCACAGCUAUCUUCUCUCGAGCACCUGGAGAUUGUCAAGUGUCCGAAUAUCAAGGUGCUGCCAGAUGACAUGGGGAGCGGUCUGCGCUGCUUGCGUCAUCUGCUUCUGCUGGAAUGCACGGCUCUCACUCACCUCCCUCCAUCCUUCUCCGGCCUCACGUCUCUUGAAACCCUCAAGAUUUACUUUUCGUCACACUUCAGGGGCGCCUUGUUAGACGGCUUUGGAUGCUUGAAGAGCCUCAAGAAGCUGUCACUCCAGCACAUGGCACGCCUAUCCGCCCUCCCUGCAUCCUUCUCGGGUGUUAUCAAUUGCCCUAAGAUAAUGGUCCUGCCUGAGGGGAUCGGAUGGCUGGUGGCGCUCGAGGUGAUCAAGUUAGGACGGAUGAAUGGCUUGAAACGUCUCCCUCCGGCGCUUCUUGAGUUGCUGCGACUGCGGGUGUUGGAGGUGCGGGGAUGUGAAGGGCUGGUCAUGGUGCUAGGGGAUGAGAAUGAGCAUGAAUCUGGUGUACCUCAUCUCAGUGCGGCGGCUGCCCGAGUCUCUCGGGCAGCUGAUGAAACGCUGGAUAUCAUCGAUUGCUUCAAGCUGAAGCAGCUUCCAGAGUCGUUUGUGAAUUUAUCCAAGCUACAGUCCUGCACUCUUGUGAAGGUCGGUAUCUCCACCAUUCCAGAUGAUUUCUGGAAGCUGGCUUCCCUCCAGAAGUUGCUGAUUUUGGGACUGAAGCUUGUGAGAAGAUUGCCGGAUUCGUUCACGCAGCUGCCUAAGCUCGAGGAGUUGGAGGUGUCUGCGUGCACGCAGCUGACCCGUCUGCCGUCUUCUCUCAGGAAAAUGGCGAUGCUGCGUGUCUGCAACAUCAGUGAGUGCCCUCUGCUCUCCCAGCGAGAUAUGAGAGGGGUGAGAGCAGGGAGAGGUGAGGAGGAUGGGGAGGAGGGAGACGGAGAGGGCGAGGGGAGAGGGGAUGUGGAAGUGGAAGAGGGAGGUGGGGACGAUGUGGUGGUGGAAAUGGAAGAGGAGGAAGAUGAGGCAUGGGAGGCAGAGGAUACUGGUUGGCAAGCGGCAUCGGCGCUACCAGUACUGCGUGGCGGCGAGAAGCGCGAAGUACGCGCAGACGAGGCGCUGCGAGAUGUAGACGAGCACGGCGAAGGAAAGCGAGACGAGGGUUAUGUCGCGAAUGUCGCCUUUCUGCCGCGGCGUGAUGAAUCUCAGCAGCGACUCCACUGCGCCCGCCACUCCGCCCUUCACCCCUUCCGCGUCCUCCGCUUUCCGCCGCCUGCUGCUAUCGUCGCCCCCAGUAGGCCCCCUUUUCCCCGCUCCACCAUCCCUCGUGUCGUCGUCCCUCACGCCCGCCCCGCGUUGCCCUCUGCUGCCGCCAUCGUCGUUCUCUCCUUGCCGCUGCUCGGCCGAAACCGUGAGGCGAGCGAGGCUGCGCCGUGA